AUGAGUAUCAUUAGCUGGAACUGUCGGGGAAUAGCGGCUGCCUCGACAGUCUCUGAGUUACAUAAUCUUUGUAAAAAAGUAAAGCCGCUUAUAGUGUUUUUAAUGGAAACCAGGGCCAAUCAAGAUAGAAUGAAUAGGAUAAGAAGAAGGCUGAAUUUUGACAAGUCAUUUUGCGUAGAACCCCGGGGCUUGUCCGGUGGGCUAUGUUUGUUACGGAAAUCUAAUACUAAUAUCAAUGUUUAUGAGUGGUGUGAUAACUAUAUUAAAGCUAGUAUUAAUAUCAAUAAUGGUAUGAAUUGGCAGGGAGUUUUUGUGUAUGGUAACCCAGUUUUUCAGAAGCGAAGAAGACUUUGGCAGGAGCUAACGGUUAAUAAUAGGAGCAGGGAAGAACCUCAAGCGUUCUUGGGGGACUUCAAUGAUAUUCUAAGUCAAGACGAAAAGGUAGGCCUUCAUCCACAGCCAAGAAUUUAUUUGAAUACUUUUAAAAGGUUUGUAGAUGAGAAUCUUUUAAUGGAUAUUGAUCUUAAAGGAAGUAGGUACACUUGGUAUAGCAACCCAAGAAACAACCUUAUCACUAGGGAAAGGCUAGAUAGGGUGUUAGUGAAUUGGAAAUGGCUGAAUAUACAUCAGAAUGUUAUUCUAAGAGCUGCUCCGGCCAUAAGUUCGGACCAUUGCGCCCUUAUUUUGGAAACACAACCGAGAGAUCGGAUAAAAAAAGAAUUCAAGUUUGAGGCCUUUUGGGCUGAGUAUGAGGAGUGUGAAGAGGUAGUUAGAAGAAGUUGGGAGCAGGAUGCAGGAAACAAAAACUGUUGGAGUCAGUUUAAUAGAAACAGGAGCAAAUGCAUAAGGGAAUUGACGGAGUGGAGCAGGAGAAAGUUCAAAAGAGCAUAUAAAGAAAUAGAAAAAAAGAAAGAAGAGCUACAUCAAAUUCAGGAGGGCAAUAUGACAGACAGAGAUCAGAUAAGAGAAAAGGAAUUGAAGAAUCAGAUAACUGAGCUUUGGAAACAAGAAGAAAAAUUCUGGGGGAAAAGAUCAAGGUUGAAAUGGCUAAAAUGGGGAGACAAAAAUACUGCCUUCUUUCAUGCAACAACCAUACAAAGAAGAAUGAGGAAUAGGAUAGACAAAUUAAAAAAUGAGGAUGGACAUUGGAUACAGGGAGAAGGAGACAUAAUGAGGCUAGUAGAAACACAUUUCACCAAAUUGUUCACUUCGGAAGGGGAUAGGAACAUGGAAGACUGCAUAAGAGAGAUUCCUACGAGGGUCACGAAAGAGAUGAAUGAUGAUCUUAUGGAAAAGAUAAAAGAUGAGGAGAUCAAGGAAGCAGCUUUUAGCAUGGGAAGCUUAAAGGCCCCGGGACCAGACGGGUUAAGGAGAGUUCUUGAUGUCAUCAUAUCUUCGGUUCAGAGCGCCUUUAUAAAGGGCAGACUAAUACAAGAUAAUAUAGUAGUGGUGCAGGAAGUUUUUCACAAAUUAAACGGAAAAGGAAAUAAUGGAAGCAAUGACAUAGCCAUCAAAUUGGACAUGAACAAGGCUUAUGACAGAUUGAAAUGGAAUUUCUUGCAAAGGGUUAUGGAAAAGUUCGGCUUCAGCAGAGAAUGGGUGAAAUUGAUGAUGAGUUGCGUUAAGAGUGCCACUUACAGAUUUAAGAUCAAUGGAAAAUUGUCAGCCAAGAUCCACCCUCAAAGGGGACUCAGACAGGGAGAUCCUCUAUCGCCCUAUCUCUUUAUCUUAGCAGCGGAAAGCUUUACCAUACUAAUGGAAAGGGUGUUGACGGAUAACCUCAUUUCAAGAAUUAGAUUAGCCCCAACUGCACCGGUCAUAACUCACCUAUUAUUCGCGGAUGAUUGUAUCAUUUUUGCAGGAGCGCAAGAAGAGGAGAUUUACCAACUAAUUCAGAUCUUAAACAAGUACACAGAGGCAUCAGGACAGAGAAUAAAUACUGAGAAAUCCGGUCUGAUCUUCAGAAGCCAUGUAUCGAUUCAGAGGAGAGUAAAUAUUGAAGAGAUCACCGGAAUGGCAUCGUGGGAAGAACCAGGAAGAUACCUAGGAUUACCAACUACAUGGGGCAGAUCCAAGAACAAGGCGCUAGAAUGGAUACAAGAGAAGAUUCUAGAUAAAAUGCAAGGAUGGAAGGAGAAACUUUUAAAUCAAGCCGGGAAGGAGGUUUUGAUAAAAGCUGUUAUACAAGUGAUUCCAGUCUAA